AUGUCCUCUUCCGAUCUGCCCCUAGAAACUUUGCAGGGAGCAGCGAGAAGCCCCAGCAUUGAGAAGGAAGAUGAGGAUGACGAAGAGAAUGAACGCAACAAUAUUCCAGAAGCUGUGAAGCCACCAAAGGAGGAGAGUCCCGUUCUGGUUGAUAGGACAUUACGUGAACACUUUUCACCAGAAAUCAUAACAUCCACAAUUAAAAAUAACCCCUUGUAUCAGGACAAAGAGAGAGUGGACAAAAGUGAAGUCAAACAGAAGAAGCCUUCCUGGACUGUUCAAGAGUACGACAAGCAGUCUGUGAAUCUUAAGCUUUCGAUAUACCUUAAGGAGAAUCCUAAUGACUUGCACUACUGGCUAGAAGAUAUUUACACUCCUGGGUAUGACUCACUGCUGAAGAAGAAAGAGACAGAAAGGAAAAAAUCAAAAUACUGUAAAAUAUUCAUGUUUUUGGUCUUAAUUUGUUGCAUUUUGGUUGCCAUAAUAACUGUCUCUGUUUUGUUUACUUGAAAAUCAUCCUUUGUAUGUUUUAUAUAAUUGAAAUAAGUAUAAAAUGGUAUUAUAUAGUGAUGAGCGAAUUAGCGCCGGUGCCCAGUUUUUUUUUACGCCGGCGUCCGUUUUUUUUGACACCAGCGAAUUUCGCCAGCGAAUUUUCACACCCGUUUUCGUGAAUUUAUUCACCGGUGGCGAAUCGUGCAAUUUUGCCGCAAAUUUGCACCUGGCGAAUAAAUUCGUCCAUCACUAGUAUUAAACAGCUAAUAAAAGAAUAAGGAUGCUGCAAAUGGCUAGCUUUGAGAAGCAACUGCCAAACAGGAACAUUUUAUGAGAUCCCUGUACAUGAUUGUAGGCUUAAUAUGUCUGUACCCCAUGAUUGGUUGGCUGGAGUCAUGUUCCUUUGUGCUAUGGUGAUUCUUAGUAUAUAAUGACAUAUACUGUAUAAAUGUGUUUUCAAUCAACUAUAACUCAAAAAUGCAUUCGCAAAAACAUAAUAGACUUCUCUACAGUACCUGAUUAGAAGUAACUAGAUUGGAUGUGAUAGUUUCCAAAGUUUACUCACAUGUCAAUCUUGUGCCCAUGGGAAAAAAGCAAAAAGAGGAACCAGCACAUACUGAAACUGAACCCUAAUGGAUUAAAGAGAAAAAUAUUUUUACUUCCUUGUUUUGUCACAUGAU